AUGGUGCACGCCAAAUCCAAGAAGACCGCCGGGCUCGGCAAUGCCCUGAUGAACGACCGGUUCGGUAAGAACCGCGGCAACGACAGGAAGAAGACCUCUGCCAUUACCAGAGUAAACCAUGCUACCGGAGAAGAGUACCUCACAAACGAGCGACAAGAAGCGUCAUGGGUUAAGAUGCGAUCAGUCACCGAGCAGGGCGCUCUCGACGAGUUCCUUGCGACAGCAGAGCUGGCAGGCACGGACUUCACCGCAGAGAAGAUGAACAACAUCAAGAUCAUCCACACCGACCAGAAGAACCCAUACUUACUGUCCGGAGCCGAGGAGAGGGGCGUUCUCGCCAAGCAGAAGGAUCACAAGGGACGCUUGACUGUGCCGAGACGACCGAAGUGGGAUGCUUCCACCACCCCAGAGGAGCUGGACAGAAAAGAGAGGGACAGCUUCUUGGACUGGCGUAGAGGUCUUGCGGAGCUCCAGGAGAACCAUGAUCUUCUGAUGACGCCUUUCGAACGAAACCUUGAGGUUUGGAGGCAGCUGUGGCGUGUUAUCGAAAGAUCGGACCUCGUGGUCCAGAUUGUCGAUGCCCGCAAUCCCUUGCUUUUCAGAUCCGAGGAUUUGGAAAGCUAUGUCAAGGACAUCGACUCCAAGAAGGAGAACCUCCUGCUCAUCAACAAGGCCGACAUGCUUACGCUGAACCAGCGCAAGAUGUGGGCCAAGUACUUGAAGGAGAAUGGCAUCGCUUAUAGGUUUUUCUCAGCAAGUCUUGCAAAGGAGAUGCUGGAGGCUUUGGAGGAAGAGGAUGAGAACUCCGACGAAGAUGAACCGGAAGCUGGUAGUAGCUCUCAGGCCGCAUCGCAAAACGCCGCCAUCGGCAAGGAAGGCAAAGACAAAGCCGAUGAGGAGCACUCAGAAGAGGAGGAUGGCCAAGAAGAGGGUGGCGCUGGCAUAUCACAGCAGGAUGGCGAAGUUGACGACGAUGACAUCCGGAUCUUGACAGUAGAGGAGCUGGAGGAUAUCUUCCUCAGCCACGCUCCCGAGAACGCAGAGCCUGGCCACAAGCUGCAAAUUGGUCUCGUCGGAUAUCCCAACGUCGGAAAGUCCUCAACCAUCAACGCCUUGAUCGGCGCCAAGAAGGUGUCGGUUUCAUCAACACCAGGAAAGACUAAGCACUUCCAGACGAUCCACCUCAGUGAUAACGUCAUCUUGUGCGAUUGUCCCGGUCUAGUCUUCCCCAACUUCGCAAACACCAAGGCCGACCUGGUCUGCAACGGUGUCUUGCCUAUCGACCAGCUACGAGAGUUCCAGGGACCUGCCGGUCUAGUUACCCGCAGAAUCCCGAAGGCUUUCCUGGAGGCAGUCUACGGAAUUAACAUCAAGACUCGCGCUCUCGAGGAGGGUGGCACUGGCAUCCCCACUGCCCCAGAGCUGCUCCGCGCAUAUGCCCGGGCGAGAGGCUUCACAACCCAGGGAUUGGGUCAGCCCGACGAGUCGAGAGCUUCCCGUUACAUUCUGAAGGACUACGUGAACGGCAAGCUUCUAUACUGCGAGCCGCCACCUGAAACUGUGGAUGGUCCGGAGUUCAACUACGAGCUCUACAACGACGGCCAGCUUCCCGAGAAGACACGUCAAGCAGUGGACGAGUCUCUUGACAUCAUGUCGUUUGUGGGCGACGAUAUCUCAAUAGCCCCCUCCGACCUGGCAGUCCUUCCAGCGGGCCCGAAGUCCAAGAAGAUUGACAAGGGUUUCUUUGGCGCUGAUGGCACUGGGACCGGGCACCUCAAGAUGCCUUUUGCUCACAAGUACUCGGAGCAGGGCCAGAAACACUUGAGUGGAAGGAAAGCGCGAGCAAUGAUUGCUCUGGAGAAUGGUGUCGAUCCCAAGGAUGUUAAGCUUUCAUCUGGUAAGAAGCAUUUCAAGGGAGGUGCCAAGACGAGGAAGACUAAGAAGCCGGCCGACGAGGAUGACGACUAG